UAGCAAAUCAAACUUGCGAAUUUACACCUAACUCGAGGACAAAAAGCACACCGGGUUCACGCUCUGUGACCUGUGGUCGAUUGAUUCGCAGCUGUUCUAGGUGGGCUGUUGUGUGGUGGCCGAGCAGCAAACAGUACUGGAUUCAAGCUCUGGUGUUCUGAUCAUCGGACUGGUCCGUACGGAGAGCGAAUUGGUGAUUGGUUCGUCAUUGUUAUUAGAAACAUUACCGUGAAAGUAUACACUGUGGCGGUAUGAUGACGGACCCCGCGUCUGAAAGUGUCAACUAUGAGGAUGCCACCUGGUCCGCAACAGCAGCGGGAUACACGUUCGAAGAUAAAACCCAAAGGAUCAUCAUAGGCUGUGCGUACUGUCUGGUGGCUUUGACUGGCUUUGUAGGGAACGUCUUGGUCAUUCUGGCCGUUAUCUUAUCCAAGAAACUCCAGACGCGCACCAACGCCUUCGUCGUCAACCUCGCCACGGCCGACCUGGUGACUAGCACCGCUGCACCGUUUAUGGCGGUGGCUCUGCUGAGCAUGGACGGCUGGCCCUUACCGGAUGUCAUAUGCUCCCUGGCGGGUGCCUUCUACUACACUACCCUGUCGUGCAGCAUCAUGAACUUGGCUGUCAUUGCAAUCAACCGGUACAUCCUCAUCACCAAAUCCAUGGAGACGUAUCGAGCGAUAUACACCAAGCCGAAGAUGGCAGCCAUGUUGGUCUUCACGUGGCUGUACCCAGCAUUGGUGUGUUGCAUUCCCCUGUUUGGAAUCGGGAGGUGGGGCUACUCCGAGAAGUUUAAGAUCUGCUCUCAGGACAGCUCAAUCACCAGCAGCAGGACCUUCAGUCUUUUGGGCUCUACCCUCAUCUACCCAGUGCCUCUCAUCAUUCUCUUCGUGUGUUACUUCAAGAUCUAUCGCCACAUCUCCAGCCAUUUGAAGAAAAUUGCGGCAAAUAAAAUCGAGAUGACUGAUACCUCCUCGUCCAACAUGAACACAAUACAGCGGCAAAGAAAACCACCGAUGGGUCACAGCAAGAGGCAGAUAAAGAUAACCAAGAAUCUCUUCUACGUCAUGUGUGCCUUCAUUAUUUGUCUACUACCCUUUGCCAUUGCUCUUGUGAUCCGCGACAGCGACCCUGUGGUCCCGUGGACCGGGAUGAUCGUACUGUUCAACAGCGCCGUCAACCCCGUCAUCUACGGGGUGAAACACCCGCACUUCAGGGUGGUGUUCCGUUGCAUGCUCCGGUGUCGGUGCUACAUGAUUCCGGAGCCAUCUCGCUGUCUUCGGAAGGUGAUAUCAAAGUAGGAACACUGUUCUGAUGUUCGCAAAACUGAAAUAAAUGGAUUUCAAAACUUCCAAACACCACCGGAGGUAUACAUACCAACCAGAACGUGAUGAUUGACCAUUCUGAGAGCAGUGCAAGCCUACGAUGAGUCAAGUCGACUCGGCAUGGAAUCAAUUUUAAACAGAACACGAACAGUCCUCAGUUCUGGUGUUUUCAACUGUCUUGUGUCAUCUGCCUGUAAAUUGCCUUGAAUGCGUUAACUUGGGUUGUUAUCUGUCAAUUCUUUAAGAUGUUUUUUUUUUUUUUUUUUUUUUUUUUUUUUUUGGCGGGGGGGGGGGGGGUUGUUUUAAGAGUGAAGUACAAUAAUUGCGUGCAAAGGGAAACCAGUUUUAGCUUUACUUAAUACAAACGAAGUUUAAACAAUUAAUAAGUUACUGUAUAUUUCAAAAAGACAGUUGAAAAAGAAAACUGUUUUACACAUUUUAGAAUGCCUAUUAGGUAUUGACUUUAAAUCUAUAUAAAAAUGCACAAAACGUUAAUGAGGAUGCUACUAUAAAGUGGGGGGGGGGGGGGGUGUACAUUCUUAAAAUGCUUUGUAUCUUAGAUAAAGAGCUGGGUAUUGUUUCGUGGAAUUGUUGUAUUUCAUUAUUUCUGUUUCAAGUGGUAUCGUAACCUUAACAAUUUAACGCCAAACAAUACACCAGAAGAGCACAUCGUUUGUGGCUAGUGCUUUACAUUGAAAGUAAUACUUUCGAAUUUGUUGAAACAUUAUAGCUUUACAAAGAUUACAAAACCAAACCGAGAGGUAAAAAGCAAACCCUGUGUGACUAAAAUCGACCCAUUGUUGAAGUAUAGGUCCUCCAAUUUCACUUUUUGCUUCCUUCAAUUGGGACUAAUUUUUCCAAGGAGAUUGUUGAGUAACCAAUACAACAAUAUGUCGAACUCGGGGGCAAUAAAGCCGAUGUUUGUUUCAAUUUGUUGAAAUAAAAUUUCAAAAAUUAAUAAAAGAGAGCGAGGGGGAAAUCAUGGAGCGGUUCUUGUUUCAUAUGGCCAAACACCAGGUCUCAUGCUUAAUAUGUUACUGGUAUCCUGCUCGUUUCUGCUAAGCAAGCAAGCAAUCAUUAAGCAGUUAGUGUCUGCUUGAUCAGCUCGUUGAUAUUGGGUCCAGGUAGUAAGGUCAAAUAGAUCAAACAAUAAUAAAGUAUUUGCUAAUGCUCACAUGUGA